UUUACAUGGUUGUUCAUGUUUCCGGUAAUAGUUGGAGGGAAGUUUCAUCAGAUAUUAUGUUAUGAAAUGAGUACUUAUUAACAAUUUUUGGCGUUUUCACCCGCAAAGAAAUAUUUCCACUAUGCCAUCACUUUGUGCACUUUAAAAGAUGAGCCAGCAGAUGUUUUAACUUUGACGAGAAGUUUGACACCAAGGUUGCAAAACAAAGCAUUCCUGCAUUGUUUCAUAGAAGUUUAUUCAUAAUGAGCAGUAUAGAGAUACGGUUUAAUGGAGGAAAUGAAAGCCAGAAGAUAUUCAUACCAUCAAGUACUGGCAAGAAACGAAUACAUUUGGUGUUUACAAAAUCUACCACUGAACCACCUAGAAAUGAUAAAACAAUAGACAAGAUAGAGACCUUAAUUAUCGGGGAAAAGAUUUGGUUUAGUUGUAAAGUAUGUGAUGCAAGAUUUUCACUUCUACUCUCCGCUCGUAAUCAUGUUCGAGUGCAGCAUGUUGUGACAAAGAAGUUUCUGUGUAGUUUAUGUGGUAAAGGUUAUAUAACUAUGAAAGAGUAUGAGAAACAUAUGAUGUUACAUGCAGCAAAGCCUUAUCAAUGUGAGACGUGUAGACGGAGGUUUAAUACGGAAGAAAAACUGAAAAUUCACUUUGAAGGUCAACAUGCUGAUAGGCCUCGUAAUUUUCAGUGUGGAAAUUGUCAUAAACUAUUUUUAACCAUGCAGCAUCUUAAAGAGCACAUUUUGAUUCAUUCUGAUGAAAAGAAUUUUACAUGCGAGAUCUGUUACAAGAGCUUUUUUCGGGAGUCAUCCUAUAAAGCUCAUAAGAAAACUCACCUUAUUGGACCUUUCCCAUGUAAGAUUUGUAAAAAAGAGUUCAAAUAUGAAAAAACUUUACAAACACAUAUUAAAUUUAAACACAUUGACAAGACUAUUAUACCAGAUACAACUGAAAAUAUGUCUGGAGAAGGGAAUACUUCGGAAAAAAUGAAAGAAAAUACCUAUACGGCAACUAUUGAAAAUGUCACAGAUGUGACAGAUUUGAAUCUUAUUCCAGAUGAGAAAGAUGAUGAAGAAAGAAGGAACGAAACUGAUGCAGCAGAUGAAAGUAAAACAAAAGAAGAUAUGUUUGACGAAAAUUCAAAGGGAGAAUCUAAUGAGUUAGAAACACAGAUAGUAAAAGUCAAAGAGGAAAAAGAAGAAGUGUUGUUUCGUACCAGACAAAUACAUUUCCCAUGUGAGGAAUGCGGGAAAGUUUUCAAUAGGAAAGACAACCUGAAAAACCACCAGCGUUUACAUUCAGGUGCAAAGCCAUUUGUAUGUACCAUUUGCAACAAGAGUUUUCGUCAAGCUGCUCACCUUUAUCGUCAUACCAAAUCCCAUACAGGGGAGAGAACUGAAAUCUGCACAAUCUGUGGGAAGGCAUUCUUUCGUCCUGAACAUCUACGUAAACAUCAAAUGCAGCACCUGCCUCCUGAACAAAAACCUUUCAAUUUCUGUGAACUUUGUGGAAAAAGUGUCAUUAAUAUGAGGAGACAUAUUAGAAGGAUCCAUGAAGAAGGAAAAUCGUUCUUUUGCUCUGAAUGUAAACAAAAAUUUAGAUACGAGGAAUGCUACAAAAACCAUAUAGUACAUGGUCAACAUGUAAAAGAAAGCUAUAUGAGAAGAACUUGCCCUAUCUGUCACAAUGUCUUCUGCAAGCCAGCAGGUGUCAGACGACACUUGAGAAAUGUACAUGGACAGGAUGGAACACUCAAGCCAUAUACCUGUUCAGUUUGUCAAAAAGGUUUUGCAGAUCAGGAAGCAUUCCAAAAACAUGUGGUCAAAGGUCAUGGGUUACUUGGACAAGUUAAGAGAGUCAAGAAACCUCCAAAGAGACCAACACCUGAUGAAAGUGAAAGUGAAAGUAGUACAGAGAAUGACAGUUCAGAUGAGGAAGUAAUUGAAGAACAAAUGGUUGUUGAAGAAGCUGUUACUGAUACUUUUGAUGUAUUAGAAUAUAUAUAGAUCAAAAUAUGUAUGUGUAUACAUGUGGUUUGAAUUUGGUUUUUGAUUUUGUUUAAUUACAUAUAUUUACAUCAUGUACAUUUUGUACAUGUAUCUUUUAUAAACUAUAUUUAGUCAUGUUGAUUAUUUGUUGGUCAAAUAUUUGUUUGGUUGGAAGUGUUGUGGAUAAAAAGGGUUGUAAAUAACUGGAAAACACCCAAAAUUUCCAUUUAUUUUUAGGCAGAAAACAGAUUUUAAUCUAUGUUAUAGUAUUGGAUGAGAUAUAAAAGCCAUAUAAUUAGAAUUGUUUUUUUUCGAAGAAAUCAUAGAAUAUAAUGAUAAAAAAAAACAGUUUAUUAUUUAAGGCCCACUAUAUUCAAUCAGGCAUUUUCCCCCCAGCCAGGUAAAUGUAUAUAUAUGAUUUAAAGAAAAGGUUUGAGUUUCAACUUAUAUUGGUUCAGCACAGCUGUUUACCAUCAGAGAUUAAUUUCUGACACCCUGGGUUUCAUAUGCAAAAUAGGUUGGGUUGUGGAAAAACUCUUUAACUUCAUAACUUCUGACUAAUAUGUAAAUUUAAUUUGAAUAGGUUAUGGUUUUUUAAUUUGAUAAAGCAGAGUCCCCCUUUUCUAAUCUAAAGAUUUCUGUCAUUCCGGGAGGUGAUAUAUAUCAUCAUGUACUUGAUUUUCCAAAAGUUCUGUUUUCAAUAAAUCUUUGCAAGAAAAGCCCAUUGUUAUAAACUAAAAUUUAGAUCUGAUAACUUAUACCCAACAAUUUGACUCAAAUAGACAUGUGGCUUGCUUGAUUUUUUAUAAAAGUUUGACAAGAUAUUUACUUUAAAAUUGUAGAAGAAAAUGUAAAAGUUUCAAAAAAAUUGAACCUGUCAAUCACACAAUUCGAAUCUAGUCCAUUAUAUAUCUAUGUUUUUUUGGUUUCUUUAAUUUUAUAGCAAUACUAUAAAAUAUUUGUAAUUUAUCCAUAUGUAAUUUUUGUUUACCAUGUUUACAAUAUUUUAUGGAUUAUUACCGGUAUUUAUGAAGUAUUAAAAUGUAUGUAUUUUGUACAUUAAAAAAAAAUAAUCUUAUAAUAAAUCAGUGGUGCACUAUUUUAAUCCACUUGUGUUUGAAAAAUUACAAAUUUUCAAAAGCAUCUUUAAGUAAGGUCAUGGAAAAAUAAUUCAUGGUUUCCCCUAACCCGACCGGGUCAUUGUUUUACCGCCGGGUCAUUUAAUUUUUGGGGGGAAUUUUUUUUUGGCGGAGAUAACUAAAAGUGUUGGAAAUAUUCAAGAUUAACAUUCCGCUGUAGAAAUAAAACAUGUGGCAACACCAAAAUUCAAACUUUUUUUGAGUAUUGGGGUUAUUAGCAUUUUUUAUGAAAAAAAAAAAAAAAAAAAAGAAAAGCCUUCCUGCCGGGUCUUUGAAAUUUUCCCAUGUUAGGGGAAACCAACAAUUAAUUUUCCAUGGCCUAAUAGAAAUUCGAUUAAAAUUGAUGUAUACAUUUUCUUUCUUUUCCUCUCACAAAAAAAACCAAGCAGGGUUCUUGUUGAUAUUUCAGUUUGAUUGUUCCUUUAAAUGUAUAUGUGUUUCUUAAAUGGUCGAUUAUUUUUUUAUUAUCAACAUAGGUUUUUUUUUUGUUCUUUGUCAUGUUUAUUAAUUAUUUGUUGACAUAGUUGAAAUUAUGAUGCUCACUGAUGUCUAUUUUUUUUCAUUGCCAUUAAGUUUUGUGAUUGUGUUCUCUUAUUAUAAGAGUUAAAAUAGUUUAAAACCCAUUAAAACUUGAGAUUUAAUUUUCUUAUUUUCCUUAACUAAAAAAAAUUGUCUUUUGAUGUGAUUUAAACAUGUUAAAAUCCUGUUCAUUUGCCUCUUAAGAUAGUGAAAAACAAGUAAAUAUAAGAAUAUCUAUUGUCCCAAUUAAGGGAUCUCAAAACAUUACCAAAUA